GCUCUUCCGAUCUGUCCUUGCCAUGCAGCCUGCAGGUCCCCCAAAAUCAAGGACCCCAGCCGCGCCCUUGUAUCCCAUAUUGCCCGAUAGUCAGGACCUACUAUCCCUAGACCCUCCACCCUAUCAUCCCCCUCCCCUCGCACCCCAGGCCCUGCCCGCAGCAGCUGCCCCACCAGUCGCCCCGCUAGUUGCCCCCCUAGGGGAACCGGGAGGACGGGAAGCGUCAGCUGCGCCAGAACCGGGAAGACGGGAGGCAGCAGCCGCACCGGGCCCCAUUGAAAAUGAAACCAACCGCGAGGGGCCAGCCGGCCAAACCCGCGGGCACACCCAGCUUGAGCCAAACCCCCGCCUCCCCGACUCCACUGUGGCCCUACCCCUGCGGGAAAUAGGACCCCCCGAUGAAACAGGCAACCCCCGACUCCAGUAUUGGCCCUUUUCCACCAGUGACCUUUACAACUGGAAAACGCAGAACGCUCGAUUCUCUGAUAACCCUAAAGAUCUAAUAGCUCUUUUAGACAGUGUCAUGUUCACCCACCAGCCCACCUGGGACAACUGUCAGCAGCUCUUCGGCAUCCUGUUCACCACAGAGGAGCGAGAGAGGAACCAAUUAGAAGAAAGCUGGUUCCCGGAGACGACGGUUGGCCGACAUCUAACCCUGACCUCAUUAAUGCAGUUUUCCCCCUAA